AUUCCUGACUUCUUCAUUGUAUAUACCAUGUCUACUCAUCUCAAACCAGUACCACAAACUUUAUCAGCAACAGAAGAAUAUGCUCAAGCUAUAGAUCCUGUUCGAAGCAUGAAUGAAGAAAGAGCAAAGGCCAAGUUUAAUAUUCGUGAAUUGACUUAUUUAUUGGACGGUGACCAAAAAACUACUGAACUCAAAGAACGUAUCAUGUUGGACCUAGAACGUGACCCUCUCUUCAAAAUGCACGAUAUUCAUGAUCUCACCAAAGCUCAACUUCGUGAACGUACUUUAGAAAAGUACCGAAGCAUGCUUCAUUAUCUUCAAAGUGAAUCAGUUGAAAACUUCAAGAAACGAAUGGAAGUUGUCAGUAUGGUGGAUCCUGGAUUCUGGACAAGAUUUGGUGUACAUUAUGGAUUGUUUGUUGGUGCUUUACAAAGUAAUGCUACUCCUGGACAACUGGGUUAUUGGUUUGAACGUGGUGCCCUAGGUAUGAGUAAAUUCAUUGGUUGUUUUGCUAUGACUGAAAUUGGUCACGGUUCUAAUGUCCCUGGUCUUGAAACAACGGCUACUUUUGAUGAAGCUUCUGAUCAAUUCAUUAUUCAUACCCCUACUUUGACUGCAACUAAAUGGUGGAUUGGUGGUGCUGCUCAUAGUGCAACUCAUGCGGCUGUCUUUGCUCAACUGAUUGUCAAGGGUAAAGGUUAUGGUACCAAAAUUUUUGUUGUCCCUCUUCGUGAUCCCAAUACCUACAAUGUCUUACCUGGUAUUAAUAUUGGUGAUAUUGGAAAAAAAAUGGGCCGCGAUGGUAUCGAUAACGGUUAUAUUCAAUUUACCAAUGUCCGAAUUCCUCGUGGAUACAUGCUUCAAAAACAUACAAAGGUAUCUCGUCAUGGUGAAGUCAAGGAACCCAAAUUACAACAACUUACCUAUGGUGCUCUUUUACAAGGUCGUGUAGCAAUGGUAGUAGACAGUGGAAAUGUCUCCAAAAAGGCCUUGACAAUUGCUAUCCGAUAUGCUGCUGUUCGUCGUCAAUUCGCUGGUUCAAAAUCUGGUGGUGUUGAAACCAAAUUACUUGAUUAUCCAAUUCAUCAACGUCGAUUGAUGCCUCUUCUAGCCCAAACAUUUGCCAUGCUCUUCACUGGUGCCGAAAUGACUGAAAUGUUUAACAGUAUGAUGACCCGUUUAGAUGGUGCUCGUGAAGGCGAUCCAGAUUUGGAUCAAGUAGUUGAAUCUCUCAAAGAAACCCACGCUACUAGUGCUGGUCUCAAAGCUUUCUGUACAUGGAACUGUCUUAAUGCUAUUGAACAAUGUCGACAAUCUUGUGGUGGUCAUGGUUACUCUGCUUAUACUGGUUUAGCUGCUAUGUAUCAAGAUUUUGCUGUUCAAUGUACUUGGGAAGGUGAUAAUACCAUUUUAACUCUUCAAGCUGGUCGUUAUUUGAUAUCCUCUUACGGUGAAGCUCAAAAAGGAAAGAUAGUGGCUCCUGGUGUUGGUUAUAUCAACAAUUUGAAGACAUUAAUUGGUAAACAUUGUCCAGCAAAGACUGCCCAAGAUAUCCUUGAUCCUCAACUUCUUAUUGAAGCCUGGCAAGUGGUUUGUGCCAAUGUGGUCAAGAAUGCUGCUUUGGAAUUCGAAGCCUGUAUCGCUCGUGGAUUAAACCCAGAUGAUGCUUAUGAAGAAUGCUCACAAUCACGUCUUUAUGCAGCCAAACUUCAUUCUUACAGCUACUUAUUCAACCGGUUUGUGGAUGGUGUAUCGAAACUUCAAGGAAAUUUAGCAGUGGUGAUGCGUGAUGUUUGUUUAUUAUAUGGACUUUAUACCAUUGAAGACAAUGCUGGUGCAUUCUUACAAUACGAAUACUUCUCUCCUACUCAAAUUGAAUUUGUCCGUGGUCAAGUGAAUGCCUUGUGUAAGGCUGUGCGUGAUCAAGCUAUUCCUCUGGUAGAUGCCUUCAAUUUGUCUGAUUACGUCGUAAAUAGUCCUCUUGGUCGCAAGGAUGGCAAUGUCUAUGUCCAUUACUUUGAUCAAGUCCAACGCUCUAAUCCUCAAGGCGAACAUCCUUAUUUUGAUCGAUUAAUCAAACCUUUAAUUCAUCGUGAUAUUGGUGGGGGUGAUGAUGAAGAUGAUGAUGAACAAGCUGGCUUGGAAGAUGAUGACGAAGAUGACGAAUAGAUAGAUUAUCUAGUUUUAUUUAUUAUGUUUUUAUUAGUAUUAUUAUUUUUAUUAUAGCUUUAUGUUGUUGUUAUUUUUUUUUUUUAUGUAUCAUCACGAUGUCUGAUCGUUACUGUAUUUAUCUAACUGAUUUUUUUCUGAAAAAUAAUAAUAAUAACAAUAAAUGGUUUGACU